AUGGACGGCCAGAAAACUCAGGCGAAGCUCACUAGGACCAACUCGUCGCUCCUCCGGUCGUCGCCGACCAUCCGAUCGUCGAUCCAGAGCCUGUCCUCCGUCAGCGAGAUCGAGCCUGGCGACCUCGAGGAGCAGAAGCCCCACGGCAGACCGGCGACCCAUCACCCGGUUCGAUCCGGUUCGUCGCGCCUGGCGCCGGUCCUCGCCGUGUUCCUGCUCUCGGCCUACACGAUCUUCUCGUUCUACUACAGGGAGGACGUUCCGACCUCCGAGAACCUCCUGCUGGCCCUUAUCUUCGUCGCCGUUUUCCUGUUCUACCUGACGAGGAACAGGGCCUCGAUGAGCAGAAAUUUCGACUCGUUCAAGCAAAUGUGCGACGCGUGCGCCGGGAAAUUAGGGUUACCUUGCUUCGCGUCCCGGGCGCCGUCGAAGCCCGUGCAGUGGUUCAUCGGCGAUUCCGAUCUCGACGAGGUACGGCAACCUCGUCGAUUGACGAAAAAUCGGAGUAUCAGAAGGAUUACGAGGGAAGGGGUUGAGUUUUACAGCAAUGGCGAUUUUUACGAGGGGGAAUUUCACAAAGGGAGGUGUAACGGCAGUGGAGUGUACAACUACUUUGUGAAUGGCAGAUUCGAAGGGGAUUGGGUCGACGGGAAGUACGACGGCUAUGGGAUUGAGAGCUGGGCGAGGGGGAGCAAGUACAGAGGGCAGUACAAGCAGGGAUUGAGGCAUGGCUAUGGCGUUUACAAGUUCUACACUGGGGAUUCGUUUGCUGGGGAGUGGCGUAAUGGUCAGAGCCAUGGCGUUGGGGUGCAGACCUGUGCUGAUGGGAGCUGUUACAUUGGGGAGUUCAAGUGUGGGGUGAAGCAUGGCCUUGGCUGUUACCAUUUCAGAAAUGGAGAUCGAUAUGCCGGGGAAUAUUUUGGAGAUAAAAUCAAUGGGUUUGGUGUCUACCAUUUUGCAAACGGCCAUUUUUACGAGGGUUCAUGGCACGAAGGACGCAAGCAAGGCUAUGGCAUGUAUACUUUCCGAAAUGGCGAAACGAGAUGUGGCGAAUGGGAUAACGGCAGUCUAAAGACCCGUAUUCCCCCACUAACUGAUGCCGUUCUCCGAGCUGUCCAGGCGGCUAGAAAAACAGCUGAAAAUGCAAUUCACUUACAUCGGGUAGACGAACAAGUGAACAGAGCAGUAGCUGCAGCAAAUCGGGCUGCCAUGGCUGCAAGAGUUGCUGCAGUGAAAGCCGUGCAAAAUAGGAUUGACGGUAAAUUCUGUGACACUGACUUUUGA